CCAUCCAAAUUCUAGUCGCCAAUUCGAAUCGUUCCAAAAAAAAAAAACGUUAAGCAUAAUUCCCCAAAUUUCGAGCUCACGCGAACGUGAACCACUGCCAGGAUGUGCAUGCCGUAUUUGAGUAAGCUCUUCGGUGGAGGCGAUCGCCGGCAGCGUCGCACCCGCGAUGGAGGCGUCACCCCACUGCCCAGCCUGGCCAAUGUGACCCAGGUCUCCAUGGACACCGUCAAGUCCGCCAAGUCAGCGAAGUCAGCGAAGUCGGCUAAAUCCGGCAAGUCCGCCGGUCGCCGUAGUACCACCGCUGCCAAUCCUCCUGAGUCCAGUGUCAGCAGCAAUGAGGAUAAUGCGGAGCAACCUCUGGCGACCGCCUCCCGAGGAGCUGUGCGCAACGCCACCGCCUCGAUGGCCACCAGUGCUGCUCCAGCCGACGAGGCGAGGUCGCGCCGCUCCUGGUGGGGAUACUUUGGCAUGAGCAAGAACAAGAAGUCCAGCAUUGAGUCGCUCUAGACUGCCAAGGAUCGGGAUUGCAGCGAAUUGCAAUGCAUAUAUUCAAUAGGAGUUGAUGGUCAUCGAAAUUUGGCUUGCAGUAGUCCCCUAUACACUUAUCAAAAAUCUUUUGCUUUUUUCGCUUUCAAGAUAUUAGUUAAAUAAAAAUGUUCCAUUUCGAACCUUUGGAACACC